AGUUUAUCUCCCGGAUGAUCUGCUCGUGUCAAGCGCUCAAUCGCUAUGCGGAAGCCUUAGUUCUGAGCCAAAUCAGCCCUGAAGGUUCUCUAAUAGAUUUUGGCUUGCAAUUGAUUUCAAAUUGUUCGAAUCCGGCUACCGACUCGGUGGCAUCCGCGAAUGAACAGAGGAAUACCACUGAAGACGGAAAACCGAGCCAGCCAUUAAAGACAGUUGACAAAAUCCGUGGAGCCUGUGGCGGAUUCUACAAUACCGUCAGUUUGGAAUGUCUUGACGGAGUCAUAGAAUAUCUCUGGGAUAUACGAAUUCUGGAAACACUUUCCGCCAGUGCCUUUGCACAGGGUGCCUUCGCGCUGCACUCGAAAUACAACUCGUGCAUUACCAUCCCAGACCUGAACUCGAACAAUCCCGACCAAGUUGUAUCCGACAGCGCAGACGCUCGUAUACUCCAAUUUCUUCAUUCAGUGUCGCAGAAAUUAUUUGCCUGAAAAGCACUCCUUGCCCCGGUCAUUGUAAAUAUUC